CUCUCUUCUCCUCUUUGCCUUUUGGGGGCUGCUCCAACUCCCUCUUGAUUGCAAAGAUCGCGACGCAGAGAGAGAGAGAGAGAGCUUGGUAUGGGGUGCUUCAGAUGCAGUGGGAAAUCAGUGAAGGACCCAGAGGCCGUGCGCAGGCGCCGCAGCAGCAACAGCAGCACCACCACCACCGCCGCCACCACCAGCAGCAACAAGAACAACGGCAGCAGCGACAGCGACAACAAUCAUCAUUGCUUUGCGAAGGAAGCGGAAGAUCGAGCUGCUCCGGAGACUGCGAAGAAGGUCGAUGCUUGCGGAAAUGCGGAAGAAUCCGAGGUAGAGAGACACGAGGUUGCGAGAGACGAUGACCAACUGAAUAUAGAUGUACGGGCUCAGACGUUCACGUUCGAUCAACUUGCGGCUGCCACGGGCAAUUUCAGAUCGGAUUGUUUUGUGGGCGAAGGUGGCUUUGGCAAAGUGUAUAAGGGGCAUAUAGAGGGAACUGACCAGGCAGUAGCGAUCAAGCAACUUGAUCGUAAUGGACUUCAAGGAACAAAGGAGUUUAUUGUCGAAGUAACGAUGCUAAGUCUGGUUGAUCACCCUAAUCUUGUGAAAUUAAUUGGCUUUUGUGCAGAGAGAGAUCAGAAACUGUUGGUGUACGAAUAUAUGCCGUUAGGAUCACUAGAAACCCAUCUGCAUGACCUUCCGUCAACUAGAAAAGGACUUGACUGGAAUUCACGAAUGAAAAUAGCAGCUGGAGCAGCAAAAGGUCUCGAGUAUUUGCACGACAAAUUGAAGCCUCCUAUUAUAUACCGUGAUUUGAAAUGCUCAAAUAUUUUACUCGGCGAUGGAUAUCACCCUAAGCUAUCUGAUUUUGGCUUAGCCAAGGUGGGUCCAAGUGGGGAUAGGACCCACGUGUCAACCAGGGUUAUGGGUACCUAUGGUUACUGUGCACCAGAUUACGCAAUGACAGGCCAGUUAACAUUCAAAUCAGAUAUCUACAGCUUUGGAGUUGUUCUUCUGGAGCUGAUAACAGGAAGAAAAGCGUUUGAUCAACUGAAAGAGUCCAAGGACCAGUACCUUGUCGCUUGGGCACGCCCCCUUUUCCGGGAUAGGAAAAAAUUCUCCCAGAUGGCUGACCCAACACUUGAAGGCCGGUAUCCUGGAAGAGGCUUGUACCAAGCGCUAGCCAUUGCUGCGAUGUGCGUUCAAGAGGAGCCCUCCAUGAGGCCGGUCAUAGGUGAUGUGGUCAUUGCGCUGAAUUACCUUGCCUCUCAGAAGUACGAACCGAGUACCCAGCCUGCUCAAAGCUCGGGGAAGGCAGCCGGCGGAUCUUCUUCUAGAACGAGAAGGGAGGACAGAUUAAGUGCCGAUGACGAUUCGGUCUUUUCAUCUUAUGGAUACCAAAACUAGGAAGACCGCAUGACUUUUGGCGUUGUUCAUAUAUGAAAAUGCCGACUUGUCGGUCUUCAUGUGGCACACAUGUUAGGUUUGAUGCUUCAUCCUCGACUUCAAUACAGGUAACUCUUUACCUUCCGAACCCCACUUCAUCCCCCGUGUACAUGCGAGCUGAGUUUUGUAUGUAAGUAAAGAUGCCUCUGUGAGGAAACUAGCUGUCUGUACCCUUCCAUUUAGCGGAAAAAAAAGCCUCUGCGCUAUUCUUUCCUUGCAUUGUUUUGCCAUGAUCUGAGACACCUCGUGCUGAAAUUUUUUAAUCCAGACACCUGGAGAUCAAUAUUUCACCAUUUGGUAGUUUACUAAUUGCCCUUAUCGAGUUUACACAAUGCAAUGCGAGCCAUCCCUAUGCGGAUCUCAGGAUCUUCUCUUUACCGAGGCAGAUGACGAGUCGUCGAGCUAUAUUAUACUCAGUAGUAAGAAAUUUUUGCUCAACGCUCAAAGUUGAUUGCUCGCCUACAAGCCAAAUGAGAACCUCAUGACGUGAGAAAUGCAUUGAGAGUCGGAACAGUAGAGCUCCAACUGGGUCACUUCACAUGCAACAUGCUUGUUUCCUAAGAGGGCAAAGUGAGCUGUGUCCUAUUUGAACAACUGGGCCAUGUCAAAGCCGACUCAAAACUCGCGAAAGGUUAACAAGGGUGGACAUGUAGCUACGUCAAAACUGUCGGGGCGUGACCCUGGGACUGCCUGUCUCCGGAGCAUCACAGCCAUGGCCAUUCGUUCCUUUUGGUGUCUCCCAAUUGAUAGGCUGAAUGAAAAGCAAGUCGGCCCCUGAUUGAACGACUCGGCCGGUGUGUUCUCGACAAUCCCGACUUCGAUUUUUUCCUGUUUAGUGCAAUCACUCUCUGGUAUCAGGACCUUACAAAACUACAACAUUGUCUCUGUCACUCAUGGAAUCUAAAUCUAAUGAAAAGUCAAUAGUGGGUAACCAUGAAUCUAUGGGAAAUUACAUUAGGGAUAUACGUUGGGCUUUUUGAAUCAUACAAGGCCCACCACCUUCGGUCCAACCUUCUGACAUGAUACCGCUCGUGAACCGUCAGGUUGUUCUUCGUUUCUUGUACUUACCAAUAAUUAAGAUUCACUCUGUCGGCAGGUAAAUAAAAUGGUUUUCUAUA